AUGGGUCGCGGCUCAGUGACGUCGCUCGCUCCUGGAUUCCGUUUCCACCCUACGGACGAGGAGCUCGUUCGCUACUACCUGAAGCGCAAGGUCUGCAACAAACCCUUCAAGUUCGAUGCUAUUUCCGUCACCGAUAUUUACAAAUCCGAGCCCUGGGAUCUACCAGAUAAGUCGAAGCUGAAAAGUAGAGACUUGGAGUGGUACUUCUUUAGUAUGCUGGAUAAGAAAUACAGCAAUGGCUCGAAGACGAAUCGGGCGACGGAGAAAGGCUACUGGAAGACGACAGGGAAGGAUCGGGAGAUUCGAAAUGGUUCAAGAGUCGUCGGGAUGAAGAAGACACUUGUUUAUCACAAGGGUCGUGCUCCUCGUGGUGAAAGGACCAACUGGGUCAUGCAUGAGUAUCGGCUUACUGAUGAAGAGUUGAAGAAAGCUGGUGUGCCACAAGAUGCAUUUGUGCUAUGUAGGAUAUUCCAGAAAAGCGGCACGGGGCCUAAGAAUGGCGAGCAGUACGGUGCUCCAUUUCUUGAGGAGGAGUGGGAAGAGGAUAAAAUGACAUAUGUACCCGAGCAAGAUGCUUUGAGUGAAGGAUUGGCUGUUGAUGAUGAUGUUUAUGUCGACAUUGAUGAGUUUGAUGAGAAGCCUGAAAAUAUGGUGGUCUAUGAUGCCGUUCCUAUUGAGCCUAACUACUUCCAGGGGGAAUCAAGCAAUAAUGUCGAAUCAGGAAACUACUCAGACUCUGGAAAUUACAUUCAACCAGGAAACUAUGUUGUUGACUCUGGUGGCUACUUUGGACAAGCAAAUGAAACUUUUGAGGAAGAUCAGAAGCCUAUCAUUCGGGAUGGUAGCAUUCAGCCUUGUACUAUGUUUCCGGAUGAACAGAUUGGUUGUGAUGUGCAAGAUGAGAACGCGGUGAAUCUGGAAACUCCCAACAAGAAUGAGUUUGUGGCUGAUACUUGCUACAGUGACAUUCCUAUUGAUACCAACUAUAUGCCUGAUGAGCCGUUCAUGGAUCCUAACAACAAUCUUCCUCUCAGUGAUGGUCUGUACAACGAUCUUCCACUCAGUGAUGGUCUGUACCUGGAAACGAAUGAUCUCGGCAGUACUCUACAAGACGGUUUUAACUUUGAAGAUUACCUUAACAUCUUUGACGAUGAGGAUGCUCAGAAUUUGAGUAUUGAUGUUUCUCAAUUGAUGGGAUCUGAAGAUGCUCUUCCUGACCAAGAGAGCCUCGACCAGAAACCUUCCCCUGAAGAAUUGGAGAAGGAGGCUGCAGAAGACAAAGAAGCGGUGGAGAACAAGGAAAGUGGCGAAGGAUCUUCCUCAAAACAGGAUGCAGAUGUCACAGACUUCGAUUCAGGUUCGAAGUACCCUUUCCUCAAAAAGGCGAGCCACAUGUUUGGAGCCAUUUCUGCUCCGUCUUCAUUUUCUUCCCAGUUCAAGACAAAGGACGCUGCAAUCCGGCUACACGCAGCUCAGUCUUCAGGUUCAGUUCACGUCACUGCAGGUAUGAUCCGAAUAUCAAAUAUGGCUUUAGCAGCGGAUAGCGGAAUGGGGUGGUCUUACGACAAGAACGGCAACCUCAACGUGGUCCUUUCUUUCGGCUUGGUCCAACGGGACGAUGCGAUGAGUUCCUCUGUAAGCAAGACUGGAGGAACUACAGCGACAAGAGCUAUGUUGAUCUUCAUAUGUUUAUGGGUUCUCUUACUGUCUGUUAGCUUCAAAAUAGGAACCAUGGUCUCUGCUCGGUGA